AUGGAAGGAUACGUGAAGCUGCUAGCACUAGCUGUGAAACUCCUAAGAGUGAUGUUUGACCAAGAUGAAUAUUGGAAGACCCACACUCUCCACUCAUACCCUGGAAGUCGAGGCCCACAUGCCCCCCCAACAAAUCUCAGAGUGCGAAAACGGGCUCAGGAGGUCAUCACAAACCUGCGAAUCCUCCCUGGAACGAACGCACCCAAAUCACAAAGUACUCCAAAGAGCCAUGUUGAGCGCGACAUGCUCUGGAAGAAGACGCAUACCCCCUCGAGGACACAAUGA